AUGAGCCUCCUUCUCAGAACUGGAUCGGCUAGAUCAAGCUGCGCAUUUCUCGUCUGCCGCAACCAUGGCCGCAAACAUGGCUUUGCAACCACGGCUUCUAGCGCCAGGGUGUAUAACAAACGUAAAUCAGCCGCUGAUGCCCAUCAUGCUGCCUUCUUUGCUCGAAAGGAUGAAACGCCACGGCAAAUUGAAAUGGGACAAGGACGAGACAUGAAGAAGACGUACAACAUAUUCCGCAACGUCAUGCUUGGCAGGUAUGACCUAGCAAUGAGUACAUGGCGGAGCUGGGCAGCGAAACAAAAUGAAUAUAAAGGUUUCGGGAUCAACACGAGACUUGAUUUCGACCGCGAGGUCAAGUUGUUCAGGGUCUCCCUUGAAAAAGCUUGCGACAUAGCAAGUGAAAAAAAUAUGGUUUCGAAGGGCAACAACCCUCUAUUUUGGGGUCUACGCAAUGCCUUCAUCGAAAGUGAUAUGCCUGGCCUCACCGACCAGUUGACAUAUGGCUUUCAAAAUUUCCUCAUGCGUACGAGAUUCCCCAAGAAUAUCAUCGCCACCCAUAAACAGAUUGCGGAUUUCCGGUUUCCGCAUGAAUGGUUUCCCGCCACAAGAGCCUUGCAGCGCACUAUAUACCUACACGUAGGUCCAACGAACUCGGGAAAGACUUACAAUGCCCUGAAAGCAUUGGAGAAUGCCAAGUCCGGUAUCUACUCGGGGCCGCUUAGGUUAUUAGCACACGAAGUCUAUUCUCGAUUCUUAGCCAAGGGUAAGAACUGCGCCUUGAUAACCGGCGAAGAGCAACGAAUCCCGGAGGACGAUGAUAACUACUUCCGAAGCUGUACUGUCGAAAUGACCCCUCUGAAUCUGCUGGUAGACGUUGCUGUCAUCGACGAGAUCCAAAUGAUCGGAGACGCGGAGAGAGGAUGGGCAUGGACACAAGCGUUUCUUGGCGUGCAAGCUAAAGAGGUUCAUCUCUGUGGAGAAGAACGUAUCGUAGAUUUGAUACAAUCAUUAUGCGCCCUUAUCGGCGACAAGUGCGUCGUCACACGAUAUAAGAGAUUAAAUCCGUUAGAAACUAUGGAAAAGAGCAUAGGGUCACUCAAAAAUCUUGAAAAGGGCGAUGCUGUUGUCACCUUUUCGAGGCUCAGCAUACACACGCUAAAGAAACAGAUAGAAGAUGCUACCGGGCGUCGGUGUGCUAUGAUCUACGGAUCACUGCCACCGGAAACUCGCGCUCAGCAAGCCUCGCUCUUCAACGAUCCCAACAGCGACUAUGAUUUUCUUGUUGCCAGCGAUGCCAUUGGCAUGGGCCUCAACUUGGAAAUAAGGCGAGUGGUUUUCGAACAGACACACAAACGCAGCAAAAGUGGUUAUCGGCAACUAUCAACUUCGGAGAUUAAACAGAUAGGGGGCAGGGCUGGUCGAUUCAGAACAGCCCGUCAGGCGGCCAAUCCCGAGCUAGAAUUAAGCCAGCCGAUAAAAGCUAUGCAACCCGGAUUGGUAACAGCUUUGGAUGAUGGUAAUCUUCAGACCAUCAAGGCUGCCUUUAAUCGAGAACCGGAACCUAUACGGACGGCCGGCAUUCAACCUCCGCCUUCCGCGAUCGAGCGAUUUUCAUCCUACUUCCCGCCAAGGACACCAUUCAGCUACAUACUAUCCCGCUUACGAGACAUCGCCCAUACUUCUCCGAAGUUUCACCUUUGCCAAGUAAAGGAGAUGCUGUCUAUUUGCGACCUGAUCCAACCAUUUCCUAUGUCUGUCUAUGAUCGUUGCGUCUUCUUGAAUGCGCCGGUCGCUCUGCGGGAGAGAGCGGGAUCUUCAGUUGUGCAAAGUUUCGGAAAGUGUAUUUCCCAGAUGGGCGGCGGCGAUCUUGUCGACAUUAAAGCUGUUGACCUUGAACUCCUCGACAUUGAUGAGUCCAAUUUUAAGAGCAACCCGGGCGAAUACUUGCAACGGCUAGAAGCCCUCCACAAAACGAUCACGCUUUAUCUUUGGCUCAGCUAUCGAUAUACUGGCGUAUUCCGUAGCCAGAACCUGGCCUUCCAUGUUAAAUCGAUAGUCGAGCAAAAAAUCGAUGACCACUUAGGCAAGGUUAGCGUUUCCGAAACCCAGCGCAGGGCGAGAUUGGAAAGAAUUCGGAGGCAGGCAGAGAAGACGAAGCAUAAGAAGAAGGUGCUCCUUGGCGACAAUGAUUCAAUCGACGGCCCUCAGCACGAAUUACGAGGCGAGUGGAACGAAGAAGGGCACGAAGAACCCCUUUUUAACGGACCCGAUGAGUUACGACCUAUUACUCAACCAGAAUCAACGUCCACGAGAAGCCACCGAACACAUCAUCAUGAAACCAAUACGCAUGUACGUGCGCAUGCUUAA